ACAUAUACUUUUUUUUUAUUGCGCCCAUGAAACACUUGUAUACGUAUAUUUACCAUAAUUCAACACUGAUACACAGUCAAGAUCAUCAACGUUAUAAAUUCCAGGAGUGUGAUCAAACUCAACAAACUGGCCAAUCAGUGCGUUUGUCGGACAGCGUUGUGAUUGGUCUCAGUUGUACAGUAUUAGUAAGUUGAUUGACACGCCGAAAACGUUCAUAGUGUUGUAUUGUAUCAAGAAUCGUCUACUUUAGGUGAUCAAUUGAACGGCACUACUUAUUAUUAAAACUCAACUGCGUAAGCCAUUGUCAGUGUGCUCAAAUAACGAUUAAGUGGUUUUAUACCUCUCUUGAUUUGCGUGGAUCUCUUGUUUUUUGUUUGCUUGAAGUAGUAGUAGACCAAGUGACCAAACUCUACCUAUUAGGACUGAAACAGUGGUAUGAUGUCAUGAUUUAUUUGCCGUGUUCAUGAAUACUCUGUAUAGUGUUAUGUAACAUGUUAUGCGGAAAUGUUUACGAACCGAUUGGUUUAGACGACGAUCAGACCUACGCCUGAAGAGGGGCCAGACGGACCGAAAAAUGCUUUUGUUCACCAGGCUUUCAGCAGGCUUUAUUUACGGCUUCGUCAUGGAUUUCCUUCCAUUUUUCUGAACUCUGUUUUUUGUAACCAAUUAGAUUCUCUUUCGUAUUCACACUCGUGCAAUACAGUACUACCGUACGUGAACUCUACACGACAAUCAGCUUUUAAACAGAAGGAAAUAUACCAAGCCCAACAUGAAAGUCUGAAUCUGAAAACACUGUCGAUUAAAUUUAUGAGUGAAUUAAGUUAGACAAAGAUGUUCAGUGUGCGAAGAGUUUUUAUGAAGAAGUUGGUAACCUGUACGGUCCUGAUUUGUAGCCUUUACUUGGCACACAAUGUGGUAUUGUGGAGAGCAUUGGAAUCAGGAGCAAAAGGAUCAAGAACAAGUUUAGGUGCUAUUAGGACUGAAAAACAGCAGGUCGCGUUUGGUGAUUGUCCCGUUCUGAGAUACAAUCCCAGAAUUCCCCUGCCUUCUGAAGGAUGUCGUCGUGUAAAACCUGUCAGCGGAUCUUGCAAACUUGCUCAAGAGCUAUUCUUUUCAGAGCCAACAGCUACAUGCCAACAUCAACUAAAUAAAAACAUCUGUCAAAUUAUUGAGUAUGAUGGUCAUGUUGAUGUUGAAUGUUUCGAAAAAGCUUGUGUUGAUGAGACAAUGGUUUCACUCGGUGAAAUAAAUCGAGAUACUGGGGUACUAGAUUGGCAGGACUUUCCAUCUACACAUGACCUUGAAACACACCUGAGGGCGGUGUUCACAAAAUAUAUUGAUCAUUAUGGGUUUUGUUUUAUCAAAUGUGCAAUCAGCACUAAUAAGUUAGCUCAGCAACUGCUGGUUGUACCACCUUUCAUUCGACCUAAUAAGAAGUAUUCAGAUUCGCAAUCAAAAUUUAAUAUUAAUAUCAUGCUCAUCGAUUCCGUCUCACACAGUCAUUUCCUUCGCUCCAUGCCGACAACUCUCAAAACACUUCGAUCAAUUCAGAAAACAUCAACAUCAGUAUUUAAUUUUGAAUUAUUUCAGUCGUUGAAAAGCAGAACAUACGAAAAUUUACAGGCAAUGUUUUCUGGUGUGUUGUAUGAUGACAAGAGACCGUAUAUAGAGCCAGAAUUACCACCUGUACCAAUAUAUCCAGAACGUUUAUUAUCCGGAUUCAAAAAGCAAGGAUACGAAACCAUGUACACGGAAGACAUUUGUUGGACAUGGAGAACAGGACUUGUUAAAAAUCUUCUAGCAUUUAUGCCAAAAGGCAACAUCACAACCAGAUGGCAACUUUUAAAAAUGAAGUUGGAAAAAGCUAAGAUUGAUCGCAUAGAUAUGACAUUAGCGAGUUGUGAGAUUUCAAAUUAUAAUCAUAUAUAUCUACCAUUUUUUGGACCUCCUGCAGUAUGCUACAACGGACAAUAUCAACACCAUUAUACCUUGGAUUACCUGAGUAAACGACAGAAAUCUUUAGAAGCAAACCAUCGGUCGUUUUUUCAUAGCACUUUGCUUAACGUUGCUCAUGAAGAUAGUGGUCGUCGUAUACAGACUCUAGAUGAGAGUUUAGCAGAGUAUUUAAAAAUCGUUUCUACAUUAAACAACACACUUACCAUCGUUCUCUCUGAUCACGGAAAUACCUACGGAGAAUACCUUGAGAGAAGUGAAGAAGGUAGAGUGGAAAUGUUUCAUACUUUUUUAUUUAUGGUUGUUCCACCAGGUGUUUCCAAAAACUUAGGAGAAAAGCGUAUGAGUGCAUUAAACGUGAACCAACAGCGUCUUGUGAGUAUUUUGGACAUUCAUUAUGCUCUGAGGGUUUUAAGCGAAGGAAAGGUAGGCAACUUAGACGAAAAACACCAGAAAUAUUUAAUCAAAGCUGAUGGAAUCUUCUCGGAGAUAUCAUCAAACAGAUCGUGUAAUAGCAUUCCUAGAAUUGAACCAAAUAUCUGUAUCUGUGAGGGUUAUGAAUAUGCUGCUGACAAUAAUGCAGGUUUUGCAGUAAUGGCGGAAUUCGCUCUUGGUUCCAUCAACAAUGAAAUACAGCAGCAAUUUCGCAAAUCAAAUCCAGAUGCUAUGAGAGGAUUUGGUUCCUGUCAACGACUAGUGGCUCACGAUUUUGGCAACAUCAAACACAGACAUAAUGAGUUUGGAGACCAUGAAGUAAAAAUGGAUCUAUAUAUUCCCAACCCGGAUGAGCUCAAGUUUAUGGAAAUCCUUAUGGUGACAUUGAUAGUUUCACGUAAAGACAGCGAAAGCAUGAAGUUAGUGAGGUAUAAACGGAUAACAAAAUAUGGUCCGUUUGAAGGAUGCGCCGACAACGGUGUUUCGAUUCAGUUAUGCGUUUGCUCAUUACAGAAAGAUCAGAAUCAUAUAAGUCUCAAAGAAAUGCCUGAUUUUAGAAAUUAUCCAGAAAUCUUCGGCAGCCAAACAUUACUUAAGCCAGUACAUAAAGAUUGUUUAUUUAUUUUCAAAAGAAAAAACGACGCAGGAGUUGUACUGGAAGCAGCGAACAUAUGUAUGAAUACGAAGUAUACAAUAAAACUGGAUAUAACUACAGAAAACAUGACAUUAAGCUCACGGUCACCCGUAGAAACUGACCUUUGGCCAGGAAUGAUGUCAUUUCUUGUUACAAUGCUCCAGACGUCAUUAAAUUGGGAUUAUAAAUAUACAGUGAAAUAUGAUUUGGUAGAUGUUAUAAAAUAACAUUUACUUAUGGAAAAUUAAUAUAAUAAUGUUAACAUUGAUAAUAAUAUUAAUAAUAAUUAUUCCAUUGGCAGUGUUUGCGUCAGGAGAAAUAAUAAUGCGAAUGCUUUUGGCCCUACCUGACGUGUUAUCGUACUGAAUAAAGACCUUCCAAAAGCAAACACAUGGCAUAAGACGUACUUUUAUUUAAAAACUUAAUACAAUUCAAGUGAUUGUACAUUCUCAUCCAGAGCGUGAAAUCCAAUUUUUACUGUCUCGAGCCGAAUUCGACAAGUAAAUCAAAAUCGUACAAGACAUUAUUUUACUCUAAAUUCAAAGGAUAAUAGAUUAUUAAAGAUUAAGUUUAUUUUCUUUUGCCGGUUUACCAGGCGUUGUUACCAGCUGGAGCAAGGCGCGAGAACCGGAAAUUAAAUGUGCAUAUUCAUGAACCGGAACCAGGAAAUGAUUUUCAGAACAUUACGCGGGUGACGUACCUUCCGCUUACAGCACGCCAGCCACUACGUCAUUGAAUGCUGAUUGGUCAAUUUUUACCCCCCCCCCCCCCUGAUUUCAACGUGGGACCCCCAAAGCCCGGCUUAUAAUUUGUUAAAUUGGGUGGCACACCACGCCCAGUAACUAUAGGAACAACGCCCGGCUUGAAAUAAGCCACCUAGUUCAGAAUAGAAGGUGAGGUGAGCCUGGUUUAUUCACCUAGUCUAAACUAGGCCUGCGCUAAAAACAACUGCGUCUGUCAUUUUCAGUCUGCUCGAAUGAAGAUUAAGUGGAUUUGUUUGUGUGAAUCUGUUUCUUUGUUUGCUUGAAAUAGUAGUAGAUCAAAGUGAUUGAACUCCACCUCUUAAAGCUAUAUUGACAAUAGACUAUAAAGACCGAUAAAAAUGCGUGUUGAAGAAUAUAAACGACGCGUAAUAUGUCGUUAUCGUACGGUGUAGUGUAGUAACUUAAGACUGGUAAGUGUAAAGGGUAGAAACCUUUACAUUACAUCAAACCUUUCAUUUUGAACCUUGAUGACUUUUAGUGUUCCAUUAAUACUUUUCUUAUAAUUUAAAAGUUUAUGAAGUCUUUGUACAAUUGAUUUGAAUAAUAUGAUUAUAAAAAACGAAUUACUGUUACUUUGUACCAUGUUUCUAAGCACUAUAUCCAGUGUUGACAUUUUAUUAUUAUUUAGUUGUGUUUAGUCUGUUAGUUUCCAGGACGGUAGUUACAAAUAAUAUCAAUGGUCCAAUCUAACCGGAGACCUAGAGAUCUCCACCGUUUAGCGCACACACAAUGGCUACCACCAGAUUAUCCGACUGAGCUAUAGCUAUAAAUGAGACUACAAAGCCCUGUCCAGACUAUCACAUUUUCUUUAACAAAAUGUGUUAGAUAUCACAUCAUGACCAUAUAUAGGUACAUCAUGUCCAUAUAUAGCAAAGAUACUAGAAACACAAGAUAGAGUUCUUCACAGAAAAAAACUGUUCCACUGAAAUACAUGGUGGGAAUACAAACAAUGGGGCGCCGCUUACGGUUGGAUCUAAAAAAAAACUCUGCCACCGUUACAUAACUGUGAAUACAUAACUUACUUUUGCGGAGGUUGAUUUCGUUGCCAUCCAUAACAUACAAACAAGUAGGCAUAAAUAAAUCAAAACAAUAAAAUGACAGACACAAAAGUGCAGAAUCGUAUGACCGGACUCUGAUUAGUGACGAAGUUUCCCACCAUUAGUGAAAAAAAGAAGGGCGCCAUCUACGUCUGGCCAUGUACAGUAUAGAAAAUUUGCAUAAUAAAAAGAGAAGGGCGCCGCGCACGUCUGGAUUAAUUUCCGCCUCAUUUUGGCUAUGCGAGUGCUCUAUCUUGUAUUUCUAGUUUCUUUGAUAUAUGACCACAUCAUAACUAUAUAUAGGCAUACAGCAGUUUUUUGUCAAAGAAAAUUAGAUAGUCUGGACACAUCUUUAGGUAGAAAUGAUCAACUUCACCCAGAUGCGUAUGUACAGAAUGUUUACAACAGUACUAGCAAACGGAAUGCAUUGGUUUUAUAGGGAUACGUCAAAAACAAAUUAGGUCUGUAGCUUUAUUCCAAUGGUGAAGCAUUAGAAUUAGAUUAGGAAGUGGGGAAAAUUCUGUGGGUAAGAAAUUUGUUGUAGUAACUAAAUGUUAACCUAUAUAACCUAUUUCUUUCUCUACUUACAAUCCCAUAAAACAAAUGAAAAUGUAGAACAUCUCUAGUCUACAUAGUAAUACUAGGCCUAUACAUAGCGAAGGGAAGUUUGGACAUUUGGGAUGGCGUCAUUUUCUUGAAUAAUUAAUGAUUUUCUGAUACUUAUGUUGAUAAUAAAAAGCAAAGUGUAAUAUUAAUCACGGAACAGUGAAAUUAUCUAAUAAACCUGAUAACUUCCAAAAUGUUGACCUGUUAUAUGCUUAUGCUUCCUCCUCUCUGUACUUUAAAAAAAAUUGAUAUAUGCUGGGAUACCUAUUCAGUAAAUUCUUACUGUUCUACUAGUAUGCAUAAAAUAUUUAAAUUCACAUGCAAAACAUUUAUAAAUGCAUAAAAAGAAAUAAAUCCAAUAAAACCAAUAAGUAUUUACAAACCAUCAAAAUCAUGUUAAAAGUCGAAUUACCAUAACCACAACAACCAUCAUUUCCACAACAAUCAUCACAAACCACCAUU